AUGAUCAGCAGAGACCGCAGAGACGUAAACAAAUAUAGUGAGUGGAUAGAGGAAUCCGUUGCUCUGGACGGUUAGCUCUUAUCGGUUUCAGUUGAAGGAUUUUGUUUCUACAUUUUGCGUCGCCAUAAAGAUUUAAGAUCAAACUUAUGUGAUUGAAUCGCGCAAAACUCAACGCCAUGGAUAGAUUCAACGAAUAUUGGGAGCUGCUUUCGGACAAAAGUGUCCCAAUUGGAAAGGAACUGAUAACGUAUUACAAGACAUUGCACGAAAACGAGGACGGAGCAUCCUUAUCGGAACGAAGUUGCAGUUUCCUUUUGCAGAAUUUGCUAGUGAAUCCGUAUCCUACCUGUCAGCUGUUACGGCUUUUGGCAACGUCUAAGAUACCCUACAAAAACAAUGUGAUUCGUGAGAUUUGCGAUACCGGUAGCUUUGAGUUUUUAGAGAACUACACUGAGCAAGAUGUGGACAAAUUUUACAAUUUGAUUUCAAACAAUCUCCUUUCCACUGAGGCCAUCAACAGAUUGGUUCCAAUGGUUUUGUCACUGCUGGAAGAGAAAAAAGUAGAUCGGGAGCUGCUUCUGCUAGCUCUAGUGUCAAGAAAGUCACAAAAAAUGCUUAAACAAUUUCUCAAACAAAUGCCGGUCGCACCGGAACUAAAGUACUUGCUAGGCGUCAUCGUCGAAAAGCGCCAUUUUUUGGUUGAUGUUAUGGAUGCAGCGGAAAUACCGUUUCAUGAUCCGACAAUUCGAUCCUACAUUGAGUUUUUUCAGUUGAUCAAACAAUUUAAUACUGGCGGGACGAACUUGCUUGUUUGGUUUACUACAGAGAUAUCGAAGAAUAAAGCUUUACUGAUGUACGGUCUUGAAAUGAAGCGCUCGUUGCUUCUGCGAGAUUUGAUGCAUGAGGCGGAUAAUGUGUCAGGAAUUGAGGAGUAUGCCAAAGAAAAAUCUGUGAUAGGAAUUUAUUUAAAGAUAAAGAUGAAGAUAGCUCCCUCCGACUAUGAACAACUUGCUACCUGUAUCGCUGAAAAUGAUAAACUAAACGCCGAGAUAAGCGAGUUAUUAUGUCCGAAUACAAGUGGCAAGGCCGAUUCGGAAGAUUUGAAAUGUCUGCAUAUGCUAAUGAUUUGUCAGUUUACACUAAAAGUGAUGAAACUUCCACCGUAUAUGAAGUCUUUCGAAGAUGUUCUCAAAAGUAGGGUAAGUAGCAUCAAAUGCAUUUUCAAAUCGAUCGAUAGUUUAGAGACGUUUGUUGAUCUGUUGGAAAGUGUCAUUGUGCUACUAUUUGUGCGUUACGAACAUCUUCCGCAUAAAACACACGGAUCGAUUGGUUUUAUCUGUUCGUACACAGUUUUGGAAACGGUUUUGAAUUGCUUAAAAACAGUUACUUUACCAAAACGACAUGCGGCGAAUUACGCGAAAGAAAAUGAUGCCUUAAAAGUUCGCAUCGAUAAUUGCCUGGAUAUUAUAAACGAUGCACUCUGGAGAUUGUCUCUUUUUGCUGCUAUUAUCAAAGAAAAGCCUUCCUCACCCCAAUUGGUAGACAUCGACUACGGCUGCAUUGCCGUUAAGCGGCAAGAUUCGCUUCCCGGACAGGAAGACCAUGUUUUCAACAGUGCUGAAUCGCUGCCGGAUUAUUCGCAGAAACAUGCAACACUUCCGAGGAGGAAACAUUCCAAACGUCGUCCGCGUUCUCAGCUCUCGUCAAGCGGAUCUACUGAGAGCAGAACCAUGCAGCAGUCGCUUCCCCUUCCAAACAAAAUUGAAACAAGCGUGGAUUCGGCAAUCACCGCGAUGAUAAGCAAACCGAAAAGCAUUUUCUCCAAGAUGUUGGGAACACCGGAAAAACUCGCUACUCUUUGUAUGGUCAAUCGUAAUUUCGAUGCUGCUAGAAUGAUAAUCAAAAACAACCAGCUUACCAGCAGUCCCGUUGGGCAGGAUAUGAAUUUCCUGGAAAGUUUCAAUCAAAUACAGGAACGACUUUCGAAUCUGAUAGCCAAUUACAACCGCAUGCAGCAUAAAAAACCCGACGAAAAUGAAUCAAUGCUAGAAGACAUCCGGGCCAGAACAGCAAUCGGAUUCGAAGCUUCCAAGAUUAUCGGUUCCAUUGAAACCUUCUCGGCCGGGAACAAAGUACCGCUAAGUGAGGAGGACAUCAAUUUGCUGAAAAAGUUUAGCUCUCAGUAUCCGUUCUUGAAAGUGUUCCGCGAAGAUCUCCUGCGUAACAUUCAUACGAUGGAUUUACUGCUGAGCCUUCCCAUGGGUUACGAUUUGAAUCUCAAUCUAUAUAAUCUUAUUUCGAAAAGUUCGGAUAAAAGCGACCUGCAAGAGGAUGGAACAAGCUUCAGUUAUGUGGCCUUCCUAAAGCGUUUGAUUGAUGAUUUAAAGCAGUUUAGAAACUUAGAUUGCGGAACGCAAUCAGUCACUUUACAUGGACUUUUGGCCUCGGAUGUGUGCCCCUUGGAUCCUGGCCAACUGAUGCCGGUAUUGCAAGCUCGCUGUUGUUUACUGACCUCCACGACAGUGGAAGAUUUGCGUCAGCAGGACAAAAGAGGUCGAUGGAAAAUUUUCACAAAAAUUGAAAAGUUUCAGGAUGCCACAAAACAACUUGUAAAAGUUUUCGAGCCUGAAGUUAAAACAUUCCAAUCGAAAGACGCCAUGGAAACUGACACCUCGAACCUUAUAUGUAGAGCCGCAUUCGAGAGUAAACUUCCCCUGCAUACGCUGGAAUCGCUCGCGACAGCUGCGAACUCGAAUAUGAUCCACGUGAUUGUUCAGAGGUUUGUCGCCGGAAUUGGACAGCAGCCUGACUUCCGUGCAGCGGAUUAUCCCAACAUAUUGAACUAUAUUGCGGAGAAAAACGAGCUGCUAGGUUUGGUUCUGAAAGAACUAGCUGGCGUUGAAAUCGGUGAUAAUUUAUUGAAACGUUUUAAAGAUCUGCCAUGUUUCGAUACUUUGGGGCCUUUGUACGGUAGUAAGAUGUUAGCUACUUUGGAUUACGAUCAACUAAAAUUAGACGAAGUUUCCUUGGAGAAUCUCGCUGGUGAUAUGCAAUGCAUUCAGGUACUGGAUUCAAUGACUGGUCGCUGGAAUGAUUACCAGCAAAUUCGACAGCUUCGUCAUCGAAUCGUAACUUGUCUGCUUAAUUCUGAAUCCCCUCAAGAGGAUGGUGCGCUAGAACGGAUCAUCUUUGCUACUAAGGAUGUGAAUCUCAAAGCGCAAUAUCUACUCAAAUGUAUCGAUCGAUUUUCGAGUGCCAAAAGAAAUAUGCAAUUGAUCAGAAGUAUUUCGCUCGAAAAAACGGCAUCCGAAUUACCGGCCGAUAUAAGACAUAGUCUUGAAAAAAAUCUACAACAUUUGGAAGUUUACGAUCAAGUCGCAGAAGUACUAGAGAUCGAAGAUUGGCGGACCGUCCGGAACUUUUCCGAGAGUAAUAAAGAGUUAGUUCUGCAUCAGUGUGUGCAGAAAAAUAAGUACGAUUUAUGCUCUCGAUGGAUUCAAAUGCACCCAAUCGCAAAUGAUGGGGACACCGUUCUGCUGGACAUUUUCACCUUAGCCGUUAUAAAGGCAUCAAAAGAGGGUGGUAGUUGCACCGCCCUUCUAGCACUAAUCGAACAAAUGCCUGUCGAUCGGGUUGUUCGGUUCUUUGAGACAAUUCUACUCGGCGUUAAGGAUAGAGAUGUUAUACAUCAUGCCGUGCAAUAUCUGGAAAAGAAUGGAGACAAUACAAAGGUAUAUCAAAAAUAUCGCAUCUCUUUGGAGAUCUUCAAGCAUUUACCGCUGAACGAGUCGGAGAAAUUGUGGCAUUUAAUAAGCCGACCCUUGCUGGUGAUCGAGCAAUAUUUGAUGAACUCCAAGUUGGAGUUACUGACGGCGGUGAUAACGUCAAUUCGUCCUCUGCUAAAGGAUAACGUAUGCCAGAUCUGCUACGAACAGCGUGAAUAUAUUCGAGAUCUUCGUUUGGCUGGUCGUCUCAGCGGUUCGAUUAAUUUGGAUUCCAGUCAUGAUGAUCAGUUUCUAACGAACGAAUGCAUCGACUGUCUGCUGCGAAUCUACGCUGGCAAGGCGUUGGACUAUAGAGUAUUCGGAGACAGUGGAACUUCGGGUGAAUCGAUGCAUGAUCAGAGCAUAGAAUCAGGCAGCUUAGAUUCACUGUGCGGAGCAUUCAUUGUGCCUAAGGGAGUUCCCACUCGGGAGAGUUGGGUGAAGGAUGAAGAUGCCUCGCUUUGUAUGUGCUGUAGAAGGAGUGUAUUCUCAAUGCUGAACAGACGUCACCAUUGCCGCCGCUGUGGCAGAGUUGUUUGUCACGCAUGCUCCAAGAAGAAACUAGAGAUCCCAGAACUGUACGAGGAGAUUCCCGUUAGAGCCUGCGAUGACUGCGUGAAACAGUCGCAGAAAAAGCCCAGCGUUCCGGUUGAAAGUUUGGUAAAACCUGCCACUAGCAGUGAGUAUGAUCAAUGGCAGCUAACAGGGAACGUGCGUAAUGACAAUAUAAUGCGCGACGAAUACAGUUACGAGUACGCACCAUCGACGAGUCAGUGUUUGGCAAUUUGCAAUCUCCACAGUCAGAAUGAAGAACUAUCAAGCUUUUUACUGUAUCACUGUGCCAAAUUGGAAAAACUUUUGCGUCCAAUUAUGCCCGGAUAUCCGAAUCCGGAAAUCGAUUAUGCUUUGGUUUCUCGAAUGCUACUGAAUCUCACACUGGCCGCCAGAGUACGUGGCUUACAGUUUUCGGAGGCCGAUAAAAUAAAAGAACACGCUGAAAUCGUUUUGUCUAUCGUGAACAACGACUGCGAAUCGCUAUUAUUACAAGAAUCUAUGAGCAGUGCGAAUCUGCGCAAACUUCGCGAUGCGCUCGUGAUAGCAGAAAAAUGGAAGCUUGCAUUGGAACUGUCCCUAAAGUGUGGCUUCGCAACAAGUGGGGUUAUGGCUGCUUGGGGAACAACAUGCCUUCGUGCUGGUUGUUACGAAACAGCCAGGGAAAAGUUUUCCUACUGUCUGCAGAAACUGUCUACAGACACCGACUAUAGUUCGGUUCUACAUUUCAUCGAAUCACCAGAAACGAACAACUGCAACUAUAAGGAGACAUUCCUGAUAAAACGACCCCCCAGAAGUCCACCACUGCUUCUGGAAAUUAUAAGCAUACUGGAAUCUACAGCUCAGGCUCAACCACCAGAAGUGAUCGCUCGAGCAAGUGUCAUAAAAAGCUCCAACACUUCUCUGUCUUCUACUAUCCGAAAGAAGUCUAAGGGCAACAUUCCCCUGCAUGAACCAGCCCUGAACAUCCUAAACACCCUCUCAAACUUGAAACACAUAACUAAAGGCAAUUUCACUGAUUUUCUGCCGGAAAAACGAGCGCUCCGAAAUCGAGAUCCGGUAGCAUCAAGCAGUAACACAUCUACGGAUUAUCUACAUGCGCUGGACUGCAUCAUGAGUACCAGAUUUUUCGAGGAAUCCAUGUACUACUUACUUAACUACGGAGCUCACCAGGACAUUGUCAGCUUUCUGGUCAAACACCGACAGAUUCUACCAGCUAUGAAAUACACUCUACUCCAACAGGUCGAACCUGAAAUAUUUCUACAAGUAAUUCUUCUACCCUACCUAAAAUCCGGUAAGCUCGAAACGGUGAUUCAAGUGAUGAGUAGCAUGGACGAAACUUUACUGGUCUGGAAGAACUACGUGAUCCACACCUGCCGCUAUCUGGAGAUGAACCGCAUGCUGAACUGUUUGUACAACCUUCAGCUGCUGUUACGGGAUCCAAUACGUGCCAGCAUGACUUGUGUGCGCUUCUACUCGAUGGAUGCGAAAUCCUUCACCGAGCUGGAGGCCAACACAUUCCAUCUGAAGAACAGUGCGGCCCAUCUGCAGGCCGAGUUAGAGUUGUGUAAUUGGGAAGAAAUCAGCGUUGAGAGCCUUAGCGAUCGAAGUGAAACGCACAAAAGCUUGCUCAUGAAAAUGGAACCCAAGGAGCUGAACAACCACAUCAACACCAUUCUCCGACAGCUCGAGGUAACGAAGUUUUUGUCGAAUUGCGAAGCUAAGGGACGAGAAGUUGUCGGACUGCUACCAAAGUUGUUUAUUGAAUCAUCUAAAAUUCCAACCCUAUUUGGAACGGUUCACGAAAAAUUGCAACUGGCCGUGUUGAUUCUCAUUUGCGGACAAAAUAUCGAGGAAGGUUUUGGAUUGUCGUACAGGGUUAUACAAGACUUCAAUCUAAACAACCUUCGGGUGUACGGGCUAGCAGCGAAGUAUUUCAUAAGCCAGACGCAGGUUGAAGAUGUGGAAAAGUUGCUGCAGGCUAUCGUCAGCAACAGCUCGACCAAUGUCGAUACCAACGGUUUUUGCGAUGAACUGAUUAAGGUUUCAGUGGAAUCAGCGAUCGCUACUCACGGGAAUAGUUCCCAAGUGAAGACAGCCCUGGAGGCGCUCAUCAAGCGAGUUAGUGAUGUUGGACUGAAGAUUCAUUGCUACAUCGUGACGGGACAGCUCAAAACGGCCUACCUGUUGGCAAAUAAGACCGGCCGAAUGGGUGACAUUCGGAAAAUUCUGCGCCAGGCGGAAGUUUUGAACCAAGUGCACGUCAAGAGGCUGUGCGAAGCGAAAUUGGCCGCUGAGGGUGGUUCAAGGAAGUGAUCUGUUUUAUAGUUUGAUAUUAGUAAUCGUUAUUAUUGUAUUAUGUUUUAAAAUGUUUAUUGUCUGCUCGCAAAACUAUUGGGUUGGAGAAGUUUUUUUCUAUGCCAUUGUUGUUUGUCGUUAUAUACACAUUUGAUUUAGAGAAUAUAUAGAAGCAAUUAA